AUGGAUCACAACUCACAACACAAUAGCGUUAACAUUGAUUACACGCAACCGAUAGACAAAAUGUUAAGUGAUGUUUCAUACGCGGCAAUAAUUGACACUGAUUUGUACGAAAGCCCAGAACCGGAGGCACAGGAAAGCGAUGCACAAAGCGGACGACUACCCCAACAACAGUCACGACUGGUUGUAGUCUCCGGUCGUUCGCAACGUAUUGUCAAAAAUAUAUUGGACUUCGGGUUCGGCGGCGACCGGAAAGCCGACGACGAGUUUCGGACACUUGUGGACAAAGCCUUCAAAGGAAAGAGCCGUACGAAUGGCUCGACUGGAGUGACGGAUAGAGUGGACGACGAGUUAUGGCGCGGAUUCGCUGUAUUCACGAGAACUACAGACAGCGACCGAUUUCAACAGAUCUCGAGACACAUUACGAGACAAUCGGCACAAUACAAACCUAGCAUUUGGUUUAUGUUUAACGGUAUGGGUCCAGGAGUUGCGCGUUCAUUGCCGUCAUUGAUGACAAUCCCGGCGUUUAAAGCAUCAGUAGAAAUGUCGGCCCAAAUGCUAUCCCCUCUGGGCGUCGACGCCAUCGAGUGUAUGACCGAACCAUUUGAUGAUUGGUCGACCGGAUUGAGUAACCAAUACAUUCAUCGCGUGCUUAUCGCGACAACUGUGCAUCACUUGGCACUCGUCGACGCGCUCAACGCCGUUGGCAUCACUCCCGACGGCUAUUUAGGCGCAUCGUUGGGCGAACUCAUGUGCCUAUAUAUGGAUGGCCUGUGCGCUCGGCGCCAAUGUUUGGCCAUUUGUCGCGCAAUUUGGCCGCCGGCGUGUGCGCACCGGUUGUGGGCAUUACGCGCUACGAACUCGUGGCGCGACAUUCAAACACACGCCGCGAAUAGAUCGGACAUUAGUGUAUUGGCGCACGUGUCGGACACUCGUAUGAGCGCAAUCGGUACCGACGUUGCCGUGCGUGAGCUGCGCCACGUGUUGGGCGAAACAAGAGUGCUCAAGCAGCAUCCGAUGACUAUGACCUUUCACGCGGGCAAUAUGUUAACACCCGAUAUGGGCCGAGUGUUAGUGGACCAAUUCGCCAAGGUGGCACCCGAGCGCGUUAACACUUGGCCCACAGAUCGUUGGCUCUCCACAUCUGAACCCACUAUCCCGAUGGCUAACACCGGCUCUGGCGCUGACUCUGGUUUCUCUGCGGCCGAGAGUUUUGCCAAUACUUUGGUGUCUCCCGUAUUGGUUAAGGAGGCCGUCGAUCGCUUGCCCGCCGACGCACUGGUCGUCAAUAUCGCCGCCGAUUCCCGUUUACGAGACGUCGCUCUAAGCGGUCGACUGCAGGAACUGUAUGUCAAAGAAUUGGAGUCGAGUCCGGAGUCAAUGUUUGGUAUCAAUCAAUUGUUACGUGAGAUCGGACUCGUGUUUACGGCCGGACACUGGCCUCGGGUUCACGAUUUGAUGAACAUUUAG